AUGGCUAGGACAAAGGUGAAGCUUGCAUGGAUAGAGAACGAUAGUGCUAGGAAGAAAAGGUUCCGAAGGAGGAAGGGAAGCUUGUUGAAGAAAGUUAGUGAAAUAAGCACCUUAUGUGAUGUGGGUGCUUUCGCCAUUGUCUAUGCCCCAGACAGCGACAAGCCAGAUGUGUGGCCUUCUCCCUCAGAGGUGAAAGAACUAAUUGCAAAGUUCCAGAGCAUCCCAGAAGCAGAACGGUCCAGGAAGAUGAUGGAUCACGAGACUUACCUAAAGGAGACAAUUGCCAAGCUAGAACAGCAAUUGAGGAAGAUCAAGAGGCAGAACUAUGAGAUGGAAAUGAACGACAUCAUGCACGAUCUUUACAAAGAGGAGAAAAUGAAGGGAAUCUCACAAAUUAUGGAGCGUCUGGAGAAGGAUCUUCCACUAGCUGAUGUCUCUUCUCAGGCGGGUCGUGAUGAUGAGAAUGUUGUUGGAAGGAGCAGUAGCAAUGGAGCGGGAAGAAAAAUUGGAGGCAUCAGACUGAUGGGUUUUGAUAUUGGAAGCAGCAUUAUUGCUGGUGAUAAUUGA